AUGAAGGCAAAGAUAGCCAAGUCCGGUUCACAGGCACCACAUCUCAACAAGGAGAAAGAUAAAUCGAACUUUCGACAAUACGACAAAGCUUGCGAGAGGGUCAAGGAAUUUUACCGAGAGCAACACGAGAAGCAAACAGUGGCGUACAAUAUUGAAGCAAGACGACAGUUCCAGUCGAAAGUCCGCGCGCGCAUGACCGUCUGGGAAGCAAUUGAGAAACUCGACACCCUUAUUGAUGAGUCAGACCCAGAUAUUUCACUCUCGCAAAUUCACCAUCUACUUCAGUCAGCAGAGGCCAUUAGGCAUGAUGGAAAACCACGAUGGAUGCAGCUAGUUGGCCUUAUCCAUGACCUGGGAAAGCUUCUAUUCUUCUUCGGGGCUCAGGGUCAGUGGGACGUUGUUGGGGAUACCUUUCCAGUUGGCUGCGCAUUCGACGAACGAAUCAUAUAUCCAGAGACAUUCGCCAACAACCCGGAUUCGACUCAUGAGGUUUAUAGCACGAAGUUUGGCAUAUACAAACCGAACUGUGGAAUGUACAAUGUCAUGCUCUCAUGGGGUCAUGAUGAAUACCUUUACAAUGUUGUGAAAACGCAAUCAACCCUGCCAGAGGAAGCGUUGGCCAUGAUAAGAUAUCAUUCAUGCUAUCCUUGGCAUACCGAAGGAGCCUACAAAGAACUCAUGAAUGAGCAUGACCAUCAAAUGCUCAAGGCCGUGCAGGAGUUCAAUCCUUACGAUCUGUACAGUAAGAGUGAUAAGAUCCCAAAUAUCGAGGAUCUCAAGGUACGUCUACCACUCUUUGAGCUUUGGAGAACUACCUACCAUAUUUGGCCUUUGUUCUAA